UCUCAACCACUGCGCCACCAGGGAAGCCCCAGGCAGCUUUUCUUAAGUGCAAGUUUUAAUUUUGAGACAAUUGUAGCUUCACAUGCAGCUGUAAGAAGUAAACCAGAGGAGUCCGUGUACCCUGUCUCCCCAGUGGUAAUAGGUCCUGCGGGAGCAGGGCCCACAUCACGGGUCACGGACGUCCCUCUGUCCCUCUCUUACACCACGCCCACCUCCUCAGGCCCUGGCCACCACUGGUCCGUUCAUUUUGUAGUUUCAUCAUUUCAAUACCAUUCUAUAAACGGAAGCAGGCAGUGCAGAACCUUUGUAGGACUGGCUCUUUUCAUUCAGAAUUCUCUGGAGACCCUCCCAGUUGGUGCUGUGUCCGUAGUUGGUUCCUUUACCACUGAGCGGUGCUCCCUGGUAUUGAGGACCAGAGUUUCUUUAACCAGCCGCCCAUUGAAGGACGUCUGAGUUGUUCUCAGUUUGGGGCUGUUAGGGAUUCAGCUGCUAUAAACCGCCGUGGAUGUUCAGGUUUUCAUGUGAAGGUAAGUCUUGGCUCCUGGGGUAAACGCCCAGGAGUGCAAUCGCCGGGUUGUAGGGUAGUUGCAUGUUCAGUGUCUUAAGAAAGUGCCCAACUGUUCCCAGAGCGGCUGCACCAUUACAUCCCCCCCAGCUUGUCAUCCUCAACAGCAUUUGGGGUCCUUGCUCCUUUCAGUGGCAGCCAUUGUGACAGGUGUGCGGUGUGCCUCACUGUGGGUGUGAGGGGCGUUUCCCUGGUGGCCAGUGAUGUUGGACAUCUUUUCAUGUGCUUCUUUGCCAUCCGCACAGACUCUUGGUUGUAAUAGCUUUUCAUGUUGUGGCCCGUUUUUUAACUGGAUUGUUAUUUUCCUGUUGAGUUUUGAGAGUACUUUAUAAUUCUAGAUAAAAGACCUUUGGUAGAUAUAUAGUUUGUGAAUAUUUUUUCCCCUCCUGUAGCAUGUUUUUGCAUUUUAAUAGGGUUUUCAUUUUGAUGAAGUACAAUUUAUCAAUUUUUGCUUCUGGGGAUUGUACUUUUGGUGUUUUAUGUCUAAGAGCUAUUUGCCUAUCCCUAGAUCCUGAAGAUUUUUCUCCUAUGUUUUUUCUAAAAGUUUUAUAAUUUUACACUUAAGUUCGUGAUCUAUUUUGAGUUAAUAUUUGUAUAAGGUUCACCUGUUGCCUCUGGAUGUUGAGCUGCUCCAGCACCAUUUAUUAAAAAGACCAUCCUCAGGCUUCCCUGGUGGCGCAGUGGUUGAGAGUCCACCUGCCGAUGCAGGGGACGCGGGUUUGUGUCCCGGUCCGGGAAGAUCCCACAUGCUGCGGAGCGGCUGGGCCCGUGAGCUGUGGCUGCUGAGCCUGCGCAUCUGGAGCCUGUGCUCCGCAAUGGGAGAGUCCACAGUGGUGAGAGGCCCGCGUACCGCAAAAAAAAAAAAAAAAAAAGACCAUCCUCCUUCCACUGAGUUGCUUUUGCUCCUUUGUCAAAAAUCAGUUGGGUCUAGGGAAUUCCCUGGCGGUCCAGUGGUUAGGACCUGGUGCUUUCACUGCGUGGCCCAGGUUCAAUCCCUGGUCGGGGAACUAAAAUCCCACAAGCCACGCUGAGUGCCGCGUAGGCCAGUUAGCACAUGAAAAGGUGCACUGGUCAGGAGGGAAAUGAAAGUCAAAACUACAAAGAGAGCGACCUCACAACUUUUGGGAUGGCUGCUAUCAAAACAAAACAAAACAAAACCCAGAAAACAGCAAGUGCUGGUGAGGCUGUGGAGGAAUUGGAGCCCUUGUUGGUGGGAACGUAAAGUGGUGCAGCCACUUUAGAAGACAGUAUGGCAGCUCCUCAAAAAAGUAAAAAUAGAGCUACCAUACGGUCCAGCAACUUCACUUCUGGGUAUAACCAAAAGAAUUAAAAGCAAGGUCUGGAAGAGAUAUUUGUACACCCAUGUUCAUAGCAUUAUUCACAGGAGCUAAAAUGUAAAAGCAACCCCAGUGUCCACCAGUGGAUAAAUAGAUGAGCAAAACAUGGUCCAUACAUACAGUGGGACAUUACUCAGCCUUAAAAAGCAGGGGAGGGACUUCCUUGGUGGUCCAGUGGGUAAGAGUCCACGCUCCCAGUGUAGGAGGCCCGGGUGUGAUCCCUGGUUGGGGAACUAGAUCCUGCACGUGUGCUGCAACUAAAGAUCCCGUGUGCUGCAACUAAGACCUGAUGCAGCCAAAGUAAAUAAAUAAAUAUAUAUAUAAAAAAAUUGGACUUCCCUGGUGGUGCAGUGGUUAAGAAUCCACCUGCCAAUGCAGGGGACACGGGUGUGAUCCCUGGUCCGGGAAGAUCCCACAAGCGCGGAGCGACUAAGCCCGCGUGCUGCAACUACUGAAUCCCGCGCACCUAGAGCCCGUGCUCCGCAACAAGAGAAGCCACCGCAGUGAGAAGCCUGCGCACCGCAAUGAAGAGUAGCCCCCGCUCGCCGCCAACUGGAGAAGGCCCACACACAGCAAUGAGGACCCAAUGCAGCCAAAAAUAAAAUUAGAACAAAACAAAGCAAAAUAAAUUUUAAAAAAAAGGAAGGGAAUUCUGACAACUGCUAUCAUGUGGAUGAACCUUGAGGACAUUAGGUUAAGUGAAAUAAGCCAGUUACACAAAUACUCUGUGAUUCCACUUACCUGAGAUGCUUAGAAUAGUCAGUUCAUAGAAAUGAAAAGUCGAAUGGUGGUGGCUAGGGGCUGAGAUGGGGGGACAGUGGGGAGUUAUGUUUAAUGGGGACAGAGGUUCAGUGUUACAAGGUGGAAAGAAAUAUGGAGCUGGAUGGUAGUGAUGGUUGCGUGACAUUAUGAAUGUAUUUAAUACCAUUGAACUCUACAGUUAAAGCGAUUAAGAGGAUAAAUUUUAUGUUAUGUGCAUUUUAUUUAAAAAAACUUAACAAAAUCAGUUGGGUACAUUUGUGUGGGUUCUCUGUUCUGUUCCAUUGUAUAAUAAGUCUUGAAACUGGGUAGACUGAUUCCUCUUUAUUCUUUUUCAAAAUUAUUUUAGCUAUUCUGGUUCCUUUGUCUUUCAUAUACAUUUUAGAAUAGUAUUGUCUGUAUCUGUAAAAACUCUUGCUGAGAUUUCAAUAAGAAUUGUGUUAAGCUUGUAGAUCGGUUUUGGGGGAAAUGACAUCCUAUGCGGAGCCUUCUGGUCAUGAACAUGACAUGUCUCUCCGUUUGUUUAGAUCGUCUGUGAUUUUCUCACCAGCAUGUUGUGUUUCAGCAUAUAGGUCCUAUACAUGUUUUGUUAGAUUUAUACCUACAAAUUUCAUUUUAUUGAGCAAUUGUAAAUUGUAUUGCUUUUAAUUUCAGUGUCCAUACGUUCACUGCUAGCUUAUAGAAAUACAACUGAUUUUUGUAUGUUUAUCUUGUAUUCUGAGACCUUGCUGAACUCACUUAAUAGUUCUAGAAGUUUUUUGUAGACUCCUUGGGAUUUUCUUGGCAGACAGUCGUGUCCUCUGCAACAAGGGACUGUUUUACUUUUCCCUUUCUGAUCCCUGUGGCUUUUGUUUCCUUUCCAUGCCUUCUGCAUGGGCUGGAACUUCCAGCAUGUUGCUAAAUAAGAAGUAAGAUUACUGUCCUGAUUUUCCUGAUCUCAGGAGGGGGCACUCAGCCUUCACCUGAGGAUGAUGUUAGUGUUGGUUUUUAAAAAUAGAUGCUCUUUGAUGAAACAGGAAGACAUUUUUCCAAAGGACAUGCAAAUGGCCGACAGACACAUGAAGCGAUGUUCAACAUCGCUAAUCAUCAGGGAAAUGCACAUCAAAACCGCGAGCUAUCACCUCACACCUGCCAGAAUGCCGGGCAUCAAGAAGAUGAAAGGUAAUGAGUGUUGCCGAGAGUGUGGAGAAAACACUGUUGGUGGGAAUGUACAUUGGUGCAGCCACUAUGGAAAACAGCAUGGAGGCUCCUCAAAAAAGUAAAAAUGGAAUUACCAUAUGGUUGUGCAAUUCCACUUCUGGGUAUUUAUGCAAAGGUAAUGAAAACAUUAUCAAAGGGAUGUCUGCCCUCCCAGGUUUAUUGGAGCAUUAUUCACAAUAGCCAAGGUACAGAAACCUAAGUGCCUGUCAAAGGAUGAAUGAUAAAAGUGUGAGAUAAAUAUAUAUAUACACACACAAUCGAAUAUUAUUCAGCCAUGAGAAGGAGAAAUGUCUUUCCAUUUGUGAUGGCGUGGUUGGCCCUUGAGGUCAUUAUGCUAAGUGAGAUAAUCCAGACAGAGAAAGACAAAUAUUGUAUGAUAUAACUUACAUGUGGGUCAGAGGAAGCCAAACUCGUAGAAACAGAGGGGAGUGUUGGUUGCCAGGGUUAGGGUUGGGGAAUAGGAGAGAUGUUUCAGGGCACAAAUGUGCAACUAAUAGAUAAAUAAGUCCUGGAGAUCUGAUGCACAGUAUAGUGAAUAUAGACAACAAUAUUUUACUUAAAUCAUCAAAACUUCUGAGAGACUAGAUCUUAAUUAUUCCCACCACAAAAGAAGCAAUGACAACUACAUGGUGUAAUGGAGUGCUAAAUAAUUUUACAAUGGUAGGCAGCCAUAUUACCAGGCACAGGUGUAUCAGAUCAACACGUUAUAUACCUUGGACUUGCACAUUGUAUGUCAAAUAUAUUUCAGUAAAAAAACAUAUCUUUUAUCCAAAAAAAUGGAUGCUCUUUGUCAAGGUGAGGAAGUUCCCCGUCUAUUCUUAUUUUUCUGAGAGUUUUUAUCAUGAAAGGGUGUUGGAUUUUGUCAAAUGCUUUUACUGCCUCGAUUGAUAUGAUCAUGUGAUUUUCCUCUGUUGGCUUGUUAGUAUGGUGGAUUACUCUGGUUGACUUUUUUUUUUUUUUUGUGGUACGCGGGCCUCUCACUGUCGUGGCCUCUCCCGUUGCGGAGCACAGGCUCCGGACGCGCAGGCUCAGCGGCCACGGCUCACGGGCCCAGCCGCUCUGCGGCAUGUGGGAUCCUCCCGGACCGGGGCACGAACCCGUGUCCCCUGCAUCGGCAGGCGGACUCUCAACCACUGCGCCACCAGGGAAGCCCCUGGUUGACUUUUUUUAUAUCCUCCUUGUUCUGUUUAAUUCUUUAUCAUUCCAUCGUGAACAUUUCUCCAGGUCAUUAAAAUUGUUCAAACACUGCAUUCUUUUUUUUGUUUUUUACACAUCUUUAUUGGAGUAUAAUUGCUUUACAAUGGUGUGUUAGUUUCUGCUUUAUAACAAAGUGAAUCAGUUAUACAUACACAUAUGUUCCCAUAUCUCUUCCCUUUUGCGUCUCCAAACACUGCAUUCUUUUUUUUUUUUUUUUUUUGCGGUAUGCAGGCCUCUCACUGUUGUGGCCUCUCCCGUUGCGGAGCACAGGCUCCGGACGUGCAGGCUCAGUGGCCAUGGCUCACGGACCCAGCAGCUCCGUGGCAUGUGGGAUCUUCCUGGAUCGGGGCACAAACCUGUGUCCCCUGCAUCGGCAGGUGGACUCUCAACCACUGCGCCACCAGGGAAGCCCCCAAACACUGCAUUCUUAAUGACUAGUUGAUUUUUGAAUAUUGACCCAGCCUUGCAUCCCCAAAAUACCCCACUUGUUUGUAAAUAGUUUGCAAAUCCUUUUAUAUAUUGCUCAAUCCUCUUUCCUGAUAUUUUGUUAAAGAUUUUUGCAUCUAUAUCCUUGCGGGUUAUUGGUCUGUAGUUUUCUUCUUUGGUAUUGUCUUUGUCUGGUUUCGGUGUCAGGGUAACACUAACUUCAUAAAAUGAAUUGGUAAGUGUUCCCUCCUCUUCUAUUUUCUGGUAGAAGUGUGUAGAAUUGGUGUUAUUUUUCUUUAAACGUUUGGUAGAAUCCUCCUGUGAAACCAUCUGGGCUAGAGGUUUCCUUUUAGGGAGUUUUAAAAUUACAAAUGCAAUCCCCUUAAUUGCUAUAGGGCUGUUAAAUUCUCUGUUUCAUAUUGGGUCCAUUGUGGUAGUUUGUGUUUUCCAGGAAGUGGUCUGUUUUCGUCUAAGUUGUCAAAUUUUCUUAUGCUAUCAGGUGGUUUUAAUAAAGAAUCCAUUCUUUUUCAUGGAUUUUGUGGUGUGUGUGGAAUUUGUCAGUUCUAAAAUUUGUAAUUUGUUAUGACUUCUCUUGUCAGUCUUAAUAAGUAUUCACUUUUGGACCUCACUUUUUAUGAUCAUAAUUUGAUAUGUGUCUUUUUCUUAAAGGACCCCCAUCUGCCCUUUCGUGUAUAAGUCAGGCCACACAGGAGCUGGACCUGCCCAGCCCCCUCCAAAGACGUGGAUUUGGCAUGUGUUUGUUGCCUUAAAUGACACUCCUGUGAGCCGAGGGAGUUUGGGGCCUCACCACCGGUUAGGUCUCGACACGCAGCAGACGAAUACUUUAUGCUUUUGGAGUGAAACCUAUAUGGAAAAACUGCAAAAUAUGCCGGCCUGUAUUUAGUCCUGUCCGUGUGAUACCAGGAAGCUGUUUGCAGAUAAUACUGCAGCCCCAGCCUGAGUUGCCGGGCAGUCUGACAGCCAGGCCUCUUGCCCGACGUGUGGGACCGCGGCCCGAAAACAGCAGCCUGGCCUGGCGCACGCCUCAGGAGUCAACGUGCUGCGAGGCUCACCAUGAAGCAGUCUCUGGCUCUGAUUGGCCUGGCCUUCCUGUCGGUGCUCCGGGCUGGGGGCGCUCAGCAGACGGUGGACGACACCUGCUCUGUGCAGAUUCUCGUCCCCGGCCUCAAAGGGGAUGCUGGAGAGAAGGGGGACAAAGGCGCACCAGGACGGCCUGGAAGAGUCGGCCCCACGGGAGAGAAAGGAGACGUGGGUGACAAAGGACAGAAAGGCGGCGUGGGGCGCCAUGGAAAAAUCGGUCCCAUUGGUUCUAAAGGUGAGAAAGGAGAUUCUGGUGACAUAGGACCCCCUGGCCCUAAUGGAGAACCAGGCAUCCCGUGUGAGUGCGGCCAGCUGAGGAAGGCCGUCGGGGAGACAGACAACCAGGUCGCGCAGAUCACAGCAGAGCUGAAGUUCAUCAAACACGCCGUCGCCGGCGUGCGCGAGACGGAGCAGAAGAUCUACCUGCUGGUGAAGGAGGAGAAGCGGUACGUGGAUGCACAGCUGGCCUGCCAGGGCCGGGGCGGCACGCUGGGCAUGCCCAAGGAUGAGGCCGCCAACGGGCUGCUGGCCGCCUACAUCGCGCAGGCCGGCCUGGCCCGCGUCUUCAUCGGCAUCAACGACCUGGAGCGGGAGGGCACCUUUGUCUACGCGGACCGCUCGCCCAUGCAGACCUUCAGCCAGUGGCGCAGCGGGGAGCCCAACAACGCCUAUGACGACGAGGAUUGCGUGGAGCUGGUGGCUUCCGGGGGCUGGAACGACGUGGCCUGCCACCUCACCAUGCACUUCCUCUGCGAGUUCGACAAGGAGCACGUGUAGCGGGGGCCCUGCUGCUCCAGCAUCGGCGGCCCCUCCGCCACCGGGUGGCUGCCGGCUGCCACCACGGGUGGGAGGCUCUGCCCGCCACGUGGUCCCCAAGCAGGAGUGCGGGGUCCCCGGUAAAGGCUCCUUUUCUGAAUCUUAGAGAAUGGUGCAUGCUUGGGCGAAAAAGAAGAAAAAAAAAAAAAGUGUUUCUGGGUAUUAUGUCUGAAGAACUAGAGUUUUAUUAUUUGUAGUGUAGACAAAAUGUUCGUUAUGUAAUUAUUACUCAGAAUCGCUCUUGGCUUUGUGCAAAGUAUGAAACGAGAUCUUUAAAUGUUAUAACAGUUAAGUACAAACAAUGGUAGAGGGGUCUUCAAUGACUACCUUCCUUUUAAUUUCUAUAUGGAAAAGAAUCCUCUUAGCUUAGAUCAAUGCUUCUGUAAACGUAGAAACAAUUUUGCUUUGCUGCGGAUUUCAGGAAAAAGAAAAGUAAAUGCUCCGAAUCUGACA